GCAGAGCCGCCGGACUGUUAUUGAACGCUGAGGUGUAAAGCCGCCGGAGGGGGAAGCGAGAGCGGCUCAAACUCCGAGUUAGAGACUGACUGGUGCUUUAAAAGAAAUAACAACUCUCCGUCUGCAUGGAGUGUUUGGAAGUGGGCGAUUGUUAAUCGGGCCGGAGUCGCGAUGCCCUUUGAUCCAGGCCCUGGUUUAAAUAAACGGCAGGAUAAGGAUUUGAUUUCUCCGCCUUCUCCGUGAAUCAUGAGGCUCUGAGGGAGGAGAGAGGCCCCACCACCCACCGUCCCUCCCGACGAAAUGCACAGGAAUAAGAGACCUGCCGAGCCCAAGGGCCGGGGAGCGGCGAAAGCCCGACAGCUAGGGUUGCUAGUAGACUUCUCACCAGACGACAGUAUGAUGAUGGAUAUGAACAGUGAUGAGAGCAAUUCUGACUUGGAAGCAGAACUGGCAGAGAUUACGGGAGAAAAACCAGCUAGCAGAGGAAAACCAAAAGGAAAAGUUCCACUCCCAAUGGAAGAUAUCGAAAGAAUGGCUGCUCUCUGCAUGAAGGACCUUGAUGAAGAAGCUGAUGAUGAUGAUGGUGAUGAUGAUGUGGAUGAUGAUGCAGACUUGAUGGCUGAACUGAAUGAGGUGCUUGAGGAUGAUAGACAGAAUAAGAAUGUGCCAUCCCCCGUGGAAAGUAAGCUCACUUCUGACUCUCUUCCACAGUCCAUUCCGACACCUGCAGUUACUGGUGGACUGGAAGGUACUCUGGUGGAGAGGAUUGACAUGUACAGAUCUGCGAUCGACAAUGCCAAACAGUCUGGGGAGAGUUCCAAAAUUCGGAGAUAUGAACGUGGCCUUAAGACUUUACAGUCCAUGCUUACAUCGGUGAAGAAGGGAAAGCAGAUUAAUGAAGAGGACAUUCCACCCCCUGUGGCUUCUGGGAAAAGUAGUAAUGCCGCAAAAACCCAGCUUGCCCCCGGGUCAUCAGCACCAUUAACAGAAGACCGAUCUGUCUUAAUUGACUUGACUGUGCCCGGUGUACAUCCAGUGCCAGAAGCACGGCCUGCACCCCCUCCUUUACUACCCAAACCAAAGCUGUCUGUAUCUGAGGUGACACCACCUCCUUCAGUCAAAAGACCAAGCAUGCAUGCGGAAGUGCCAGUGCCAGCCAAAAUGGAGGCAGCAACCCCAGUGUCAAAUAACAGAGCAGUACCGGGGAAUUCCAGUAUGAAAGAAACAGCAAUGAGCAGACAACGAGAGUACAAACUGGCAGCACUUCAAGCCAAACGCAAUGGGGACACUGAGCUUGCGACAAGAUUAUACCGAAUAAGUAAGAAAUUUGACCCUGUUCUUGAAGCACUGGAUAGAGGAGAGACCGUGGAAUUGAGUGGCCUACCACCCCCUUUUGAUCGUUUACCAAAGGACCAACUGUCAAUCCCUCCUCCUCCUUCGUCAUCUGCUCCCUCAGUCCCAACAACGGCUUCUUCACAGCCAUUGACUGCUUCAUCAGCUAUCCCACCUCCCCCUAAAGAUCUCAUGGAGGCCCUUCAACAGAGAAUGGACAAGUACAAGUCUGCUGCUGCACAGGCCAAGAAUGCACAGAAUGACCGGAAAGCAAGGAUGCAUGAACGCAUAGUCAAGCAAUACCAGGACGCCAUACGAGCAUAUAAAGGAGGAAAGAAUGUUAACCUGAGUGAACUCCCAGUACCACCAGGUUUCCCACCACUUCAGGGAGCAGAGAGCGGUGUACAGGAUCAGAGUAUUGUGGGAGUGCUGGAGAGUGCAAUGAAGUUAGCCAAUCAGCAAGUGAAUGAUGAUGAUAAUGAGGAUGAUGAGCCAUUACAGCAGGCACCUGCUCAGAGAGCUGCACCGCAAGCACGGCCCAGGACUUCAGCCUCAGGAGCUCCACCAGCAGUCCCGACUAACACUGGAAAUCCAGCAAAAAAACAGAUGUCCAACAAAGCGCAACAGCAAUUGGAAUUCUUGCAGAACAGGAAGAAACAAUUCAUGCAGGCAGCGCUCCGUACAAAGCAGAAGAAUGAUAUUGAAGGAGCAAAACUAUAUCUUCGGCAGGCAAAAGGCUUGGACCCCAUGAUUGAAGCAGCCAAGGGUGGGCUACCAGUAGAUAUUACCAAGGUGCCUGCGCCCCCGGAAAAUGAGGAGGACUUUGUGCUCGUGCAGAAUCGAGGAGUACACGUACCCCAGAAAACUGCACAGCAAUACCAUCAGCUAAUGGAGGUGUUGAAACAGCAAUAUGAGACAUGUAUGGAGUACUCCAAGCAAUACACCCAUCUCGGAAGCGUGUCAGAGACCACCAAAUUUGAGAAAAUGGCGGAGGAUUGCAGAAAGAACAUCGAGAUUCUGAAGCAAGCACAUGCCCAAGGCUAUCCUCUACCUAAGUAUCAUUAUGAGGAGAGAACUUUUCAAGUAAUAAAGAUUUUUCCCCAUCUCUCAAACAGUGACAUGGUCCUUCACAUCGUCAAAGGAAUCAACCUGCCUGCUCCUUCAGGUAUUGCACCGAAUGAUCUUGAUGCCUUUGUCAAGUUUGAAUUUGCCUUCCCAAACUCGGAGGAGGCACAGAAAGAUAAAACCAAUGUGAUUAAAAACACGAACUGUCCAGAAUUUAACGAGCACUUUAAGCUGAACAUCAACCGAGGACAUCGCGCAUUCAAACGAGUAGUACAGACCAAAGGAAUUAAAUUUGAAAUACUCCAUAAAGGAGGUAUUUUCAAGAAUGACAAAGUUGUGGGAACAGCUCAACUUAAGCUGGAAAAGUUGGAGUCACAGUGUGAGAUUCGAGAAAUCCUGGAGGUGUUGGAUGGCAGGAAGACAACAGGAGGUCGGCUGGAGGUGAUUGUCAAAAUCCGAGAGCCCCUGAGCUCCCAGCAACUCGUGAAAGUGACUGAGAAGUGGCUCGUUAUUGAUCCCCAGAGCUUGCCAGUGAUUGCAGUUCCAAAGUCAAAGGAACGACGAGAACCUCUGCAGGUGGGGACUGGGAGAUCCUCAAUUUGCACUUUAAGUUAAUGCAAAAAAAAAGCCUGGGCCAACUCUCACGCAGACCUCUGCAACAUACCCUGCCCCUUUUAUUCUUUGUACUGCUUUCUUGGAUCCAAAUUGAGAGGUUAUAAGUUUCAAUCUGGCAUCAGGAGCCAAUGAAGGAAGCCCCUAACCAAGAAAGACAGCUGACUGGAAAUUGCAAUCUCUUCAGAAUCACUGCACAGAAAUUCAGGCACUUCUCCUCGGUUCAGGUGCAAAGCCGAUGAUUUAAUUCACCCUUGCCAGUGCUAUACAACAGAAACUGAAAAUUCUGCAAGUAUGAAGCAGGUUAAUGACUAGGGAGAGAGGAUUGGUGAACAUUUCUUCUUGAGACUCUACAUCGGAAAAAAAAAGGCAGGACAAAUCUUACGAUUGACUCAUGUAUGUAGAAACCAAAGUCAUUUCCACUGGACACUGCAGUUGUAAUGGUAGUGUGUUCUGUUCCUCUCAUCCAGACGCAAGAUUUAAUCCAGUAGCACCAUGUCCUCCUUAACCAAUUACAAUAUGCAUUAUACUGUGGCAGCUGUAUUGUCCAUAAAUCUUCCACGCAAAAAUAGAAGUCAGAGAUAAUUAUUUUGAUUAGAGUCUCAUUUAAAAUUUACCAGAAAAUUAAUACAUGAUUUGAUCUAUUUUGCAAGUAUCCAGCAAACAGCUGAAACGGAGAAUUCACUAUACAGUUUAGACAUGGAGUCUUAGUCAUUUUGUGAUGUUUUCUUCACAAUUCCACUUAAUACUAAACUAUCCAAUUUGCCUGAGCAAACUCUAGUUUUACAGAACCUAUUUUCAGUACUAGCAGUAUGUAUUAGGAAAUAUCUGUUUUGUAUUGUAUUUCUAGUUUGAUGUAUAAAGUUCUGCGCAAAUAGAUCAAGUGUUUAAAUAGUACAGGUGUUUUGUUCCAAUGUUCAUUUCAUUAAUUUUUUAGUCAGGCAUCUAUUUACUUGAGUUUGAUAAUAAGUAGAACUUCCGUUUAAGCGAUUUUAGUGAAAUAUAAAGAAAGCACUUGAUUUAGUUUCCUCUUAACAGUAAAUUUAGUAAGUGUUUAUGACCAUCUGUCAUGGCAUGAGCAGUAAAUGUUGGCUGGCCCAGCCAGAGGCGCACACUUCCUCUAAAUGAAUUAUGAAAAAAUCUCUUCAGACUACCUCUGCCUUGCCCUGUCCUAGUUGAGAAACAGUCUUCCUUUCUUGAAAUUGCCCCUAGUUUGGUCACCUAGCUGAAGCCUAGCAGAGCAUGAUGAAUGUAGAAGGCGGCCAUUCGGCCCAUUGAGCCAGUGCUCGCUCUUUUGUAAUGCAGUCCAGCUGAUUCUCCAUAUCUCUUUGUUCCCUGGGAGCGUAGUGAAAAUUAAAACAGUUGAAAAAUGUUCUGAGGAAGAGUCACCGGACCCAAAACAUUCAUUCUGUUUUUUCCUUCAUAGAUGCUGCCAGACCUGCUGAGCUUUUCCAGUAUCUGUUUUUGUUGUUGUAUUGAAACAUGGGGCUGUGUAGUGUGUCCUUGAGGUGGAAUUCUAACUUCAUUUCCUUCUGUACUAAUUAAUAUUCCCUUAAUGUCCUAUAUUAAUGAAUCUCAAUGGCCUCCCCAAUUCUCAAUUUAUAGAAUUCAAAUACCUCGUCUGUCGAUUCCUCGACAGAUUUGUUAUUUUUACCUAGAUCGGAGUUUGGCUGCUUUGGGUCACAAGAUCAUGGGUUCAGGUCUCUCUCCAGGAAUUUCAGCAUGUACCUCAGGCUAAUGUCAUAGUGCUGUACUAAAGGAGCCCUUCAUUGUUGGAAGUGCUGUCACUAAGCAGAGGUCAUUAUCUACCCUCUUAUGUGGAUGUAAAAUAAUCCCAUAGCACUGCUUUAAAAAAGAACAGAUGAGCUCACCCCAUCAUCCCAACCAAUAUUUUCUCCUUCACCAAUAUCAAUUGGCAAAAAACACAGUAUCUGCUUCUUGUUUGCAUUUGUGAACUAAUGGGUCAUAGUGUUCUACUAUAAAAGAACUCUUAAACUUCCAAAGUACCUGGAAGUUCUGAGGUCAUGAACAGUGCUGUGCAUGUGCAAAUUCUUUUCCUUUGUAAUAGCCUUUAUCACUUUGCUUGGGAGUCAGUCGCCUAGUGAUAUUAUUGCUAUUAUUGUUAAUCCAGAGACCCAGGUAAUGUUCUAGGGACCUGGGUUCAAAUCCCACCAUGGCAGAUGGUAGAAUUUGAAUUCAAUAAAUAUGUGGAAUUAAGAGUUUAAUGAUGACUGUGAUUCAUUGUGGAUUGUUGGAAGAACCCAUCUGGUUCACUAAUGUCCUUUAGGGAAGGAAGCUACCAUCCUUACCUGGUCUGCCUACAUGUGACGCCAAACCCACAGCAAUGUAGUUGGCUCUAAACUGCCCUCUGGGCAAUUAGGGAUGGGCAAUAAGUGCUGCCCUAGCCAGUGAUGCCCUCAUCCCGUGAAUGAACAAAGAAAAAAAAAUUACGAGAGCAACCUUUGGGUUUUGUAUUCAUCUCAAUAAUGUAAUUGUAGAGAAUCCUGGAACACUCUCUGCAAACCUCCCGUUUGUACUAUUUCUGCCCUUCUCCUAACAUCUCCUCCAAAUUGACCUCCCUAGCCCUUUUAAUAGCCUCUCCAACAUUCAAUGAAGUAUAUAGUACAGAUUAAUGUUGGUUUGAGUCUCAGCAUUGAUCUUUUCUAACCCAAUUAGAAGUUUAAAAGUAUGUAUUGUUUCUGCUCACUAGUUUAUCUGUGCAUCGUAGUGGUCAAUGCAAGAAAAAUCCUCUGCAUCAUUGAAUGCUGUAUAGAAACUGAUGUAAAAAGAAGAAAUUGUUAUUAUUCAGAACCUUCCUAAUCUCUGGACUUCCCAAUGGAAUUUACAGCUAACAAAGUACUGAUGUGGUCUGGUCACAUUUUCCUAAUGUAGGAAAAUACAUGGGGCCAAUCAAGUGUUCUGCACAUGCGUUAUUGAAAGCAGAGUUGAUAGUGAAAUGAACUCUCUCUUUGAAUGCACAGCUUAGUCGCUAAAUAGAAACUAGCAUGAGGUACAAAUAUGAAACAGUGUUCACAAAGGUAAAGAACAUUGGAGGAAGCAAACUGUGGUUUGUUCAAGCAACAGGAGUGAAAUUUCUAAUAGAAAAGCAGAAUCUGACUAAAUUCUUCCAAGGACCCCCUGGAAUCAACAAUAAGACUUAAGUCUUCGAAAUUACCUUAGUGAGAUUUGUCCCUCUUCUGAGCUUCAGCACAUAUCCUAUUUUCUCAUUUUUGUCAUAAUGUGCCUAACCCAAGUAAUUAUGAAUUGUUAAGAGUUUAAAACAGUGGUGGGAGAUAAUUUGAAAUUUGUGGAUUUCAAGAGAAGGUAACAGCCAGCACCAAUUUUUGCUUUGAAAGGAAGGCUGUGUUUGAUCGAUAUGUUGGAAUGCUCUUUGUGGUGUGGAUUUGUCCCUUGGAUGAAGCCAAUGUGGCAGACAUGGACUUUCAGAGAGCCUUUCUCUGUGAUUAUUAAAGAAUGUUAAGGAACAUGGAAUGGAGACAAGUUUGGCAAACUAGUUCAAAGGCAGAAAACCAGAAGUUAGGCCCUGAUUUUUAACUAGCCCCUCCUCAGGUAGAAACUGGGUCAUGAGAGGCUGGUUACUGAUUCUGUCUGAUCAUGCUUCCUUCAGACCUGCCCGGAUCUUACUCUUGAUUUUAACCCCUGUUUUGUGCGCUGGUCAGAAUGCACAGUCCUGUUUAAAUGGGCAGCUUGGAACCUGAUACGUUUCUGCGUUAAAAAUGCCCGAUAACUAUUUGUUACUACUGAUUCCAUUGAAGCACAGGCCACAGCAGUGCUUAAGGAUAAAUUAUCCAGCUGGUUAGAGAAAGGGAAAUUCGGAGAUGUAGGAACAGGGCUGCGAUAUAUCAUUGUGAAGGAUUAGCACCAACGUGGAUUAGUUAGACCAGUCAUCGUGUUCCCAAAUUGUAACUUCCAUAAAAGAUACCUGUAGCUCUGGGUUUAGCCUCACCUUCAAAAAAUGUAAGCCUGUGUAAUCUUUUUUUUCCAAGAUAAUUAUGUAUUUGCAGCUUGACAAGGAGUCCAACAACAUCCUGAGGAUGUCUUUAUUAACCCAGUCUCCUGCUGUUGAUCAGAUGGUUUCUGGUAUAUCAUAAGGCAGACUUGUGAAUUCCUGACUUUACAGACAUUGAAUAAAUCAAAUUCUCUUUAAAGUGUGAUACUCAGGGAACUUCAGUGUUUUUCCUGGAUCAUGCUUGACAGUUCCAUCCAUUUCAACAACAAAGCCGAUGUCUAGCUGUCUUGUCCAAUAUGUAGUUUAGAGUAGGCAGUAAGAGCAGGUUUGAGAUGGUUUUCUUUUCACAGCAGUUGAAUUUGGUUGAAUCAAUAUUCAGGGACAUUGGUAUCACUUGCGACCUGUGUGUCUUAUACACGUGGUGUCAGUCACUGGCAUGGAGAAGAUUACCUUCAAGUUAAAUGUUGUAAAAUGGUAAACAGUUUUUUGGUUAAGUACACAUUUUCAGCUGGCUCUUGGUGUCAUUUGUUGCUUUUAAGUUGCUGAAGAUGGUUUUCUUCCAAGGAAAUAUUAAUCCGAGACUCUGUGUCAGCUGCAAUAAUUCAAGUGCUGCAAAGUAUAAACACUUCCCUGGACUGUUUUAGAAGAGGAAAGGAGGUUCCCUAUGAUGUCUUGGUCCCCAUCCAAUAACUUGCAAAUUUGCAGAAUCUUGUUAAGUGAAAAUCAUUUGCAUGUUUACCUGCACAGAAUGUAGUACUUGGGAGUAGGAGUAGGCCAUUUGGCCCUUUUUGAGCCUGUUCUUCCAUUCAGUAUCUGGUUGAGCUGGCUGUGGUGUUGUAACCACUUUCCUGUCUGCCCCAAAGACUCUCCCUUUAUACACCAACAAUCUAUCUAACCCAGAGAUGAUGGGAACUGCAGAUGCUGGAGAUUCCAAGAUAAUAAAAUGUGAGGCUGGAUGAACACAGCAGGCCAAGCAGCAUCUCAGGAGCACAAAAGCUGACGUUUCGGGCCUAGACCCUUCAUCAGAGAGCCUCUAUCUAACCCAGCCUUGAAUACAUAUAAAGACCCAGACCCCGUGAACUUCUGGCAAAGAGGAUUCCAAGCUCUGUGACCUUGGUGAAAAACCUGCUUCUUACCAGCUUUCAAAAAGCCGACCUCUGAUUUGUACAUUGUCCCCAAGUUUCAGAUCCCCACCUUAAAGAGAAAACGUUCUCCAGGUACCCACCCUAUCCAGUCCAGAAACUAAGCAAGCCAGUUAGCAUCUGUGGACUGAGAAUUAGUUACUAUUUCAAGUCCAAUGACUCCUCUUCAGAACUUUGUAAAGUUGUAAGCUGUGUUUGCUUCAUUGUUGGACCUGGCCUUUAGCCUUUCAUUUUAAUCUCAGCCAUACCAACUGCAUUAGUCAGUCUAUAUUCCAAGUGCACCCUGAAAGCCUGCAGUUAAAUUCUGAUUAAAGCAAAAGAAAAUGUAAUUUGGCCCACCUAACCUUCACACUCUGGCUGUACAACCAAGUCAGAGAUUCAUCGCAUUCCCUUGCACCUUAAAUGUUUAUGCUCUGUUGUGAGCAGUAAACUGAGGAGAAUAAGAAGUUGGAGAGGAAAAGAAUGAAUCUUCUAUUGACCUUCUGACUUUUCACCCAGUUUAGAAUGGUAACCAGGAGUGGGGUUCUCCUCUCUCUGAAGGUGGAAAAAAGCGCCACGUUACCCCUGGAGUGUUACCCUCUCCUCUCCACCUGCCCAGUUACAUUCUGGUUGAGAUAUUCUGUUGGGAGUCUUGGUCAAUUCACCACCAGAUAAGGCCUUCAAGUGGUCAGUUAAUGGACAUUCUCCCAGAUUUGCAUUCAGGCUGUUGUGCCGUGGUAGCGUCCCUAACUCUAGGCCAGGAGGUCAGGGUGCAAGUCCUAUCUGUUCCAGAGGUGUGUUGUAACACCUGAACAGGGUGUUCAGAAAAAAAACCUACUACUUAUGAAAACUCUGCUUUUACCUAACUUCUUGUUUAAAAUAAAAUUGACCUGUUGACCACAAUCUGGAGGUAAUCGGAUGCCCAGGUGGGUGGACUCGAGGGGUGUGGUCUCACAAAGCCAGCCACCUGCCCUCACCUCUGAAACACCUCCAUCCCCACAAGAACGUAGAACAUUACAGCGCAGUACAGGCCCUUUGGCCCUCGAUGUUAUACCGCCCUGUGAAACCAAUCUGAAGCCCAUCUAACCUACACUAUUCCAUUAUCUUCCAUAUUUUUAUCCAAUGACCAUUUAAAUGCCCUUAAGUUGGCGAGAUGACUACUGUUGCAGGCAGGGCAUUCCACGCCCUUCCUGCUGUCUGAGUAAAGAUCCUACCUCUGACAUCUGUCCUUUAUCUAUCACCCCUCAAUUUAAAGCUAUGUUCCCUCGUGCUAGCCAUCACCGUCCGAGGAAAAAGACUCUCACUGUACACCCUAUUUAAUCCUCUAAUCAUCUUGUAUGUCUCUAUUAAGUCGCCUCAACCUCCUUCUCUAACGAAAACAGCCUCGAGUCCCUCAGCCUUUCCUCAUAAGACCUUCCCUCCAUACCAGGAUAAGCAUCCUGGUAAAUCUCCUCUGCACCCUUUCCAGUGCUUCCACAUCCUUCCUAUAAUGUGGCGACCAGAACUGUACACAAUACUCCCAUUGCAGCCGCACCAGAGUUUUGUACAGCUGCAACAUAACCUCAUGGUUCCAAAACUCAAUCCCUCUACCAAUAAAACCUAAUACACCAUACGCCUUCUUAACAACCCUAUCAACCUGGGUGGCAACUUUCAGGGAUCUGUGCACAUGGACACCGAGAUCUCUCUGCUCAUCAACAAUACCAAGAAUCUUACCAUUAGCCCAGUACUGUGUAUUCCUGUUACUCCUUCCAAACUGGAUCAAAGAAACUAGAUGUUAAGAGCUACUUAUCUCCUUGCCGCUGAAUCGCCUGAAGAAUAGGCCUUGACUGACUGUCUUCAAUACCCAGAAGCUAUUGGCUUCAUAUUGACCAGCAGAGGCUGUCCACCUGGGAUGCCAGUGUUGGGGUGUGUGUUAGGCAGAAUAUUAUUAUCCCAGUAGUGGGCAUGAUGUUGUUUGCCACCGCUCAUCAGACCCAUUCCCAAACUUCAGUUGAAAAUGGGAAAAUGUGCCCGAUAGAACAGAAAAGUACUAGGAUGGCUAUAAAGCACUUUAGAUCACCCAGAGCUUGUGACAGGUGCUGAUAGGGUUACAGUUCCUCUGUCUGGAGUAACUGUCAUCAUUCCACCAAUUACUCCAAUUUCUGAGCCAGUGAUCUGCUUUGAGCCUGACCGACUGAAUCACAUUGUUAUUUGAUAUCUCUUAGCUAACCCAGGAGCUGGUUCUAAUUAAGAGAUUUGGUACUUUUUUAUAUAUUCCAUUUAUUACAUGUGACCAGGAUCAAGUUUUCUUCACCUGCCAGAACUGUAGUAUUAGCCUGUUCUUUACUCGUUGCUGUAAGUAAUCCCUUGAGUUUCACAUUUUUGUUUUAUUUUAUCUUGAUUGUAAUAAAACACUGUCAUUGCUGCUAAUGAACAGCUUCUUGUAGUCAUGACUCAUUACACAAAAAGCUGUUGUAAAUUGCCAGUAUAACACACAGCCCUCACGAUGGUUAAUGUUGGAGAUACAGAAGCGUCACAUGUUGUGUUUUGCAAUCAAUUUUGCCAGCAGUUGGAGCAAGGUGGAGGUUGCUUUUUGUCUUGUUCCUCUCAAACGCAUGUUAUACCUGUACUAGACUUCAAUUAGAUCAGAUGUUAAGAUCUCUAUAGGUUAAGAUCUCUAUUCAAACGCCCAGUUAUUAGCUGAGAUGAUGACGUGUCAAGAUAUCAGGUUUCAAAGCAACUAGUUCUGCAUCAGUGGCUUAAAAAACAAAACACUGUUAGUUAGCACAAUUUCCCACCGGCAUCUUCAAACUGCUGAACAGCCACUUUGUUUUUGACAUCUGAAAACCCCAGUUGUGUUGUUAAUCUGUCUCUCAACUAAGCAUCUAAUCUGCUGGAUCCAACUUAAAAACAAAAUGCAUAGAGAAACUCAGUAGGUCUGGCAGCAUCUGCGGAGAGAGAAAGAGUUAAUGUUUCUGAUAUGAUUCUUCAGAAUAACUUCUUUCAGCCUUUGGAUUUGUCUUUCUAUUUGUGAUUAUCUCUAGAUUUAUAGUGAAGCCUGUUGACUGAUUUCGAAAUGGUUUCCUCUACCUUCCUCCUAGUCUUCUGCCAAGUAAAAAAACAUUAAUUCAGCUACUGAGAAAUACCACUGGUUUUCAUCUUGUAAACAAAGUAAUAGAUUCCAGCACACUUAUUUACAACUUGAUCCAUAUUAAACCUUUUAGGUACUGUGGACUUUAGAAAUAGCUGUCAUUGCUCCCAGGUGUAAACAUCCAACGCCUUCAUUUUUAAAAAAAAAUCUGAUUCUCCCCUUGAUCUUCACAAUUUAAACCACUUUGUUGUCAGACUCCAAUGUACGUCAUUUGGCCCAUUUCAUUUACUUGAAACUUACAGCUCUUACAAAUCCAGAUCCAGUCUGAAUACAUUGUAACCCUAUAAAAUUUGCUGUUGUAACACUGACCUAUGAUGUAUUUGACCACUGUUUUUAUUUAAUCUUUGCUCUACUUGAUCAUAUUAUGUCAUACUUCCCACAGGAAUGACCUCUGCAGUGACAGUGGUUAGCACUGCUGCUUCAUGGUGCCAGGGACCCAAGUUUGAUUCUAGUCUCGGGCAACUGUCUGUCUGUGUGGAGUUUGCACACAGUUCCCAUGUCUGUGCAGGUUUCUGCUGGGUGUUCCGGUUUCCGCCCACAAUCCAAAGGAAUGCAAGUGGAUUGGCCAUGUUAAAUUGUCCCAUAGUUAGGUGAGUAAGCUAUCAUAAAAGUGGGGAUACUUUUAGGAGUAGACUCGAUAGGCCAAAUAGCCUAUAUCUGCACUUCAGGGAUUCUAAAGUCGUAUGAUACCUCACCCUGGCCUCUGCAGCCUGUUUCAAACAGACACACGCACGGUGGGUGCCAGUAACAAGAAUGUGCUUCAUCCAGUAGCACGAACCUCCCUUUAAUGUCUGCACAAUCCAUAAAACGAAACUGCGUGGUUUUAACCAGUAACUCACAGAAAGCUGCUACUAUGUACUCUGACAGUAAUCUAAAAGGAUGGAUUGUGUUACCAACACCUUGAUCAUUGAAUUUUUUUGUUGAUGUUU